GAUUAUGCUGAAAGCAGAAAACAAUUUUCGUAAUAAUAAUGAUUACGUUAUUUACAUAUAAUGCAAAUAAUGAUAACUGACGUUAGGUCAAAAUUUAAAAACAAUUGAGUACUGUCUAGUUGAGAACAAGACGUGUUGAGGAAAUGGCUUUCGAUAAAGUGUUAAAAAACGUUAUUAAUAAAUGUUUAAAACAACCAAAACUUCUUAGGUGUUUAUCAACACACUUCAAGCAUGAUAUCGAGGACCACGUUGGUAGCAAGAUCAAAUGGACAUCGACGCUUGAUUUCGUGUCCCCGGAUUGUUUUAGCCCCAUCCCGACUUAUAGGGUUCUCGAUUCGCGCGGGAAUAUCUUAAACAAGUUUGAAGAACCCGCCAUAGAGAACGCAACACUCGAAAAAAUGUACAAAGACAUGAUCCUCGUAAACACCAUGGACAAAGUCCUUUAUGAAUCCCAACGACAGGGCAGAAUAUCGUUCUAUAUGACGAAUUAUGGAGAAGAAGCGACCCAUAUGGGCAGCGCCGCAGCUUUAGACUUAAACGAUUUGGUCUACGGGCAAUACAGGGAGGUCGGCGUUCUGAUAUGGAGGGGUUUCACCCUGAGCGAGAUAAUGAAUCAGUGUUACGGAAACUGCCUCGACCCCGGAAAAGGUAAACAAAUGCCAAUUCAUUAUGGUUCGAAACGGUUAAACUUUGUAACGAUUUCGAGCCCACUGGCCACCCAAAUUCCUCAGGCUGCAGGGUCCGCUUACGCCCUGAAGAACCAGAACAGGGUCGUAAUGUGUUACUUCGGUGAAGGGGCUGCUUCGGAAGGGGAUGCACAUGCAGCGUUCAACUUUGCAGCGACCCUCGACUGCCCCGUGAUCUUCUUUUGUCGAAAUAACGGAUAUGCAAUAUCAACGCCAACCGAAGACCAAUAUAGAGGGGAUGGGAUCGCUGUAAGGGGUCCCGGAUACGGCAUAACAACCGUAAGGGUUGAUGGGAAUGACGUGCUGGCCGUCUAUAAUGCCACAAAGGCCGCCAGGGAGUUUUGUUUGGAAAGGAGCAAGCCUGUCCUUAUAGAAGCCCUCACGUACAGGGUUGGACAUCAUUCCACAUCAGACGAUAGCACAGCUUAUCGAUCACAAAAGGAAGUAGAUGAAAGAAUACAAAAUGAUAAUCCUGUGAAAAAGUUGCGCUUGUAUCUAGAAAAUAAAAAUUUGUGGAAUGAAGAGAAAGAAAAAGAAUGGUUACAUUUAACUAAAAGAAAUGUUCUUGAAGCUUUUAAUGCUGCUGAGAAAAUAUUAUUACCCAAAUGGACUGAAAUGUUUACUGAUGUUUAUGGGGUAAUACCUCAUCAUUUAAGGAAACAAAUGAACGAAAUGGAAAAACAUUUAGAAAAUUAUAGGGAUCACUAUCCUUUAGAAAAGUAUUCUACAUAAUUCAUACUUAAUUUUAAAAUAAUAACAGCACGGUUUUUGAUUAGGGCAUAAAACCAACUUUUUAUUUUACUGUUUAAAUUGUUUUAAUAAAUAAAAAGCUUAGAAAUU